AUGUUGAGACGGCUCGCCCAAGUCGUCCGUGCUUUGGAUGUUGGAGAUCCUCUGCCCGCCCACACAGAGGAACAAGGUCUUCCUCCCCUUAGAGAUGAGGAAGGUCAAGAGACUACCGGCAACGGAAGACGGAUCACCAUCAUUGGGACCAACAAUGAGGCGCUGGUUCCGCCCAACGACAAGCUCCUCGCAUUUCGUUCCCUCACAGGCAUAGACACCGUUCCUGCUCUGGCAAGCAACGGUCAUGCCAGGCGGGUGGCCCCGAAUGUUGGCUUAUACUUUCGGGUCGUCCACGCAGAGCAGAAGGCAGCCCAGAAUUAUCGAUUCUUUCACAUCGCUAUCAACUUCUGUCUCGGGGCGCAAAUCAUCGUCGCCGCCGCAUUGACAGCAAUCGGGGCAGCUGAUGGCUCUCGCCACGCGAUUACUGGGCUUGGUGCUAUGAACACCAUCAUGGCGGGCAUACUGACCUAUCUCAAAGGAUCUGGCCUCCCUGAUCGGUUCAAGACCCAAGAGAAUCAAUGGAGAGAGAUUCGCGAGCAUAUUGAGCAACGGGAGCGAGAGCUCUGCCUGGCAGACUGCACCCUUGACGCGCAGGAGGAGGUGUUUAUCAUCGAAGAGAUGUAUAACCAGGCCAAAGCAGAGCUAGAUGUGAAAGGGCAUGGUAUUCGAUACUUUAAUGGAGUGCACCAUUCUCAUCAAAAGACACAAAAUACUCCGAUACGAGCCAUCGUUCAGAGGCCGGCUGUCAAGGUCGCUCCAUCGACAGAGGUGCUCGCUACGCCGCCGCCAGCAGCUGUGAGAGAAUAA